AUGGCGCGGAUAUUCGGGAACCCGGCCAGAUCACCACGCUGCCGACCAUCCUCAUCGUUGUUCGGUGAUCUAUGCUGGCUGGAGGCUUUUACAACACCUCAUCGACCGGAUUUUGAACUUGGCUCAUCAAACGGGUCAGACCUGGCUUGUCUUCUCGAGGUCUACGACCAACCGCCCGAAACACUGUAUACCGCGUCGGAGACAUGCGACGGCAUUGGAAAUAUUAUCGACAAUGAGCUGUUCCGGGUAUCGGGGUUGACUCUUCCGAUCUCUGCUAUAACCGGCCCAGUAAACAACGCUUCACCCCUGGCGCCAGAACCAACUCUUCAAGAAGCAACCCUCAAUCUGGUUGACGGCGGCUGCCUCUACACCAAACCUUCGGCACCCUCAACUACGCCGUCCCACAAGCCCACCAAGAAACCGCUGUCCUGCCAGCGAGGCUGCUCUCUCUCCUUCGCGAGCCCCAAGGACCUCCGACGGCACUACGGGUCCGAGAAGCACGCGAGGGGCAAGGAAACCAAGGCGUACCGGUGCCGCUGCGGCUAUUCGACGCCCCGGAAGGACCAUUAUCGCCGGCACCUGCGCGGCAUCGAGGAGUCGCGGCCGUGCCGGUUCCAGCGACCCUUUUUCGAGUGCAUCUGCCGGCGGGAGGAGACGCAGGGCGAUGCCGGGAUGCACCUGCACCACAUCGACGCUUGUAAGGAGGGACGCGGGGUCUCUGGGAGGCCGAAGAAGGCCCGGGGGUUCGAAGCCUUUUGA